AAAUUAAUCGUCGCCUGAGAGAUUCGAACUCUCGCGGGGAAACCCCAUGUACUUAGCAGGCACACGCCUUAACCACUCGGCCAAAGCGACUUUGUUGAAAUCAAAAGGCUCCAAAUACAUUAAAAGCAUAUUCGUUUAUCCCCUGCUAAAAUCAUUUCGAAUUUGUAUCCUCUAUUCUAUUUACUUCAAAAUCCCUAAUCUAUGAACCCUAAUCCCAAUUCUCUCGUUUCCUUGUCAUUCGAUUUUUGUUCAAUUUCAGUGUUCAUUCAAUUUGAUUAUCACAUUGCUGAAGCUACCACGACUCUGGGUUCUGAAUUCUACAACUCUAAAAUUUCAGGUUGUGAAUUGGGUAUUGAGUGGUGAUGGAUGACGCGGUGAAUUUGGAGAAGACCCAUACGAAGGAAGGCUAUGACGAAGGUUACAGCCACGGCCUCGUUGAAGGCAGGGAUGAGGGGAAGCAGGUCGGGCUCAAAGUUGGUUUUGAGGUCGGUGAGGAACUCGGCUUCUACAGUGGCUGCAUCCACAUUUGGACAUCCGCCAUCCAGAUUGAUCCUACUUGCUUCUCUUCCCGGGCCAAAACUGCCAUUGCCCAGAUGCAGGACUUAAUCCAAAAAUACCCUUUGAUGGAUCCGGAAGAUCCACAAGUGCAAGAGAUCAUGGAUAGCCUGAGACUCAAGUUCAAGAUGCUUUGUUCUUCACUGCAUGUCAAACUCCACUAUAAUGGCUAUCCUGGUGAGAACAAAGACAUUCAAUUUUGAACCAGAUUUUGCCUUUUACAAUUUCAAAGGUAAAAAAUUAAAUUAAGGUUGAGUUAUAGAAUGAAUGGAGCUUGAUAGUUGAUACGUGUAAGUUGCAGUAUUGGAUACUUCACCAUAGGUAUAAUUAGUUUUUAUUGUUCAUGUACAUAAAUAACAUAUGUGUGUAAGUUGUCAAAUCAAUUUUUACACAUCAAUUUUUUUAUGCCAAAUACAUUGUCAUUUGAUUUUUGUGCGUAUUUUAAAAUGUGUGUAAGUUGUAGACGAUGAAGAUAAAAUAUAUACUUUCACAUA